AUGUCCGCGCGUCGCAGCCCCGAGCCCGAGCCCCGCUCCCGCCGCCGCGGCCGCCGCGGGCCUGAGCGCAGCCCCGACCCCGACCCCCACCCCCGGGACCCGCGGGACCGAGAGCGGGACCGAGAGCGGGACCGCGGGGGGCGCGGCAAGGCCGCCAGGUCACCCUCCCGAAAGAAAAUCAAGUCAGAGAGAAGAAGCAGAUCUCCUCGGAAUAAGCGGAGUCGCAGUCCGCACUGCCUGGCGGUCCAAGUGAAGCAGGAGCGCGACGACGCCCCUCGGAGAGGGCGCGAGGAGCGGCCGCCCAGAGACCCGUCGGAGCAGGAGCCCAAGCGGGAGAGGCCCCGGGACCAUUCGGCCCGGCGGAAACCCCCCGGGGACCGUCCGAGCAGCGGCCACGGAGCCGGGCGGGCCCGGGAGCUACAGAACUUGCAGGAACAGGAAGCGGAGAGGGAGCUGUUCAACGUGAGGCGGCGAGAACACCGCCUGAGGAUCCAGCUGGAGGGCGGCAGCCAGGAGGGCCAAGGGCCGGGGAAGCCCGAGGGCGACGCGAAGGAGAAGGAGCCCCCGGGCAAGGAGAAACCGAGCUUCGAACUGUCCGGGGCCCUCCUGGAGGAUACCAACACGUUCCGGGGGGUGGUGAUCAAAUACAGCGAGCCCCCGGAGGCCCGGAUCCCCAAGAAACGGUGGCGCCUCUACCCCUUCAAGAACGACGAGGUCCUGCCGGUCAUGUACAUCCACAGACAGAGCGCCUACCUGCUGGGCCGGCACCGGCGGAUCGCCGACAUCCCCAUCGACCACCCUUCCUGCUCCAAGCAGCACGCCGUGUUUCAGUACCGGCUGGUGGAGUACACGCGGGCGGACGGCAGCGUCGGCCGCAGGGUCCGGCCGUACAUCAUCGACCUGGGCUCGGGCAACGGCACCUUCCUGAACAACCAGCGCAUCGAGCCGCAGCGCUACUACGAACUCAAGGAGAAGGACGUGCUGAAGUUCGGCUUCAGCAGCCGCGAGUACGUCCUCCUCCACGAGUCUUCGGACACGUCCGAGGUGGACGCCAAGGAGGAGGACGAGGACGAGGAAGAGGAGGAGGUGUCGGACAGCUAGCCGGGGCGCCAGGGGAACGUGGGGGGUCUCUCCACGCCCUCUCCCCCCGACCCCCCGCCCGGGGCGGCGGGCCGGACCUGGAAAGGCGAAGGGAAGAGAGCAGGGCCCUCUCCGAUGACGCCUCUUAUUGCCUUAAGCCUUGUCUCUGGGGCCCUCUUCGGCUCCUGUUACACUUUCAGAAAAAAAAAAAGAAAAAACCCAACAACUCCUAACGCCAUCUAUUUGGUUAAAUUUAUUUUCGUCAUCCCCCUCCUCCCCACCAGAUGGUCAUGGACGUUUUGCUUUUGAAUACUCUCCCCCAUGAAAAAAGCACCAGGUGUUGCGUCGGCAUUCGCCCGCUCCCCAAAACUGUGGCCCGGGAACUCUAGGGUCUUGGAUGAGAUGGAAAGGGUGGGUUCUCUUUGCACCGUUAUCCGAUGGAGGGGGGGCGUUGAGGCGUGUCGGCAGCUUCCCCCUCCAAAUGGAUUAUUGGACGGCCGCCUGGCAGUUGUCGUGUCCUCUUGACGCCUCCACCUAGGGGGCCUCUCAAGUCCCAGAAACGUCUUGGCUUUGCAAGCCGGUUUCCCAAGGACGGACGUCACACCGUACGACCUCGUGACCGGCCGGCAGUUCACGGGGCGAGAAGGAAACGGGCCGACGGUGGCCGCGGAUUCCUUGGCGGCUGGGAGAGGGAAGACCAAACCGGGCCUUGAGCCCGUUUCUCAAAGAAGGCUGCCUGGCUUGGACCGGGGAGGCUUUUGCGCCCGUCUUUGGAGGCGCUCGUUUGCCCGGGUCUGUGGGAGGAACAUAUCAGUUGUCUGAUCGGUCUUUUUUUGGGUAAGCCUGACCAGGUUGUUUUUUUUUUGUUAUAGGAAGAAAUUCAACGGGUAUCUUUUAAAAUCCCUCUGCCUGGGCGUGCCCCAUCUUUUUGGGAAUUUGGGGCAUGGGGGUGGGGAGGGCGCAAAGUGAGGAAGUGACUUUAACUUGUUUACUCCUUUUCCCCCAAAGGGACUCUGUGUAUCUGUGGAAAAAUCUGGUCUGCCAACCUGUGUAGAGAGUGUGUAUUGAGAGAGAGAGAGAGAGAGAAAAAGAAAGUAUUGAGUGUGUUUGUGUGUGUGUAUGAAGCUUUGUAUGCUCCCAGGGACACAUGGUAGGAAUCUUUUGCUAUGUAAAUACAGUACUAUUUUACCAGCAUAGACAAGGUCGCCCUGAAAUUGAACAUUGGGAUCUCAUUUAUAUAUACUUUGGGAUUUUUCAAAAAAUAAAUCACUUGUGAAAAUA